AUGUCACAAGAGCUUGCAGCCUCAUACACCAUCGGCCCAGAAAUCGGCAAGGGUUCGUUCGCCACGGUUUACAAAUGUACAAACAACAAAACCCAUCAGGCAGUGGCUAUCAAAAGCGUGGAACGUUCUAAGCUUCGCUCCAAGAAGCUUCUAGAGAAUCUCGAGAUUGAGAUCUCCAUUCUCAAGUCCACUAAACAUCCUCACAUUGUCGCCUUGCUAGACUACAACCGAACUUCCACACAUUUCCACUUGGUCAUGGAUUACUGCUCCAUGGGCGACUUAUCCUACUUCAUCCGCAAAAGAGAUCAGCUCGUGAAGACCCAUCCCGUCAUCUCGCCCUUAUUGCAAAGGUAUCCGUCUCCCGAGGGUUCGAACGGCUUGAAUCCCACCUUAGUCAUACACUUCCUACAACAGUUGAGUUCUGCCUUGGAGUUCUUACGUUCUAAGAGUUUGGUCCACAGAGAUAUCAAGCCUCAAAACUUGUUGCUCUGCCCCCCAGUCCAUUCCCGGUCUCAGUUCGAGCAAGAUGGCUACAAGGGCUUGUGGGAAUUACCCAUCUUGAAGAUUGCGGACUUUGGCUUUGCCAGGUUCUUGCCGUCUACCUCCUUGGCGGCUACCUUGUGUGGUUCUCCGCUUUAUAUGGCCCCUGAAAUUCUCCGCGGUGAAAGCUAUAAUGCAAAGGCUGACUUAUGGUCUGUCGGUGCAGUGCUCUAUGAGAUGUCCGCAGGGAAACCUCCAUUUCGUGCCUCAAAUCAUAUUGAGCUCGAGAAGGUUAUCACAAGAAAUAAUGAUCGCAUAAAAUUCCCUGCCUCUGCCCAGGUUCCAGAGCCUUUGAAGAGCUUGAUCAAGUCAUUAUUGAAAAACAAGCAAACGGAACGUAUCUCCUUCAAUGAGUUCUUCAGCAAUCCUUUGAUAGUCAAUGAACUUGAAAGCAAUGAUGAGCCCUUGGAGACCUCCGAAAUGGAUGAGAAUCUCUUCAUCAGUGAGUACAUAUCACCUAUCAGGUCUUCUGAUAGAGUGAAGUUCACGCAAACUAAUGUUCCUAUCCCAUUGGCUCAGAGUGAUUCCCGAGACGAACAAAUAAAGCUGAUCAUUACUAGGAACAGUCCUGAUCCGAGUGUUUCUACUCAAUCUAUUCAACUCAAAUACUCCGACAAGCAGCUGCACUCAUAUGUCAAGAACAGAGAAGACGUGAUUCUCGAAAGAGACUACGUUAUGGUUGAGAAACGAGCAGUUGAAGUUAACGCAAUUGCAGAUGAGUUAGCUAGAAUGGGUACUGAACCACUGGCCUCAGGUGAUUUCAGAGAGGAAGCCCUUCAGCGCAGGAAUUCCCAGCGCUCAGGUUCGUCUGAGAGCCAGAGACGGCCAAGUUUCGGUGAUCGGAGAAUUUCUAUCUCAAUUUCUCCCACGAAUGCUUUGGGUAAGGCCAUAAGUCUCGCCUCAAAUCGUUUAUUUGGAGCAUCACCUGCAGCCGAUGCAAUUCAAGAGGAAGUUGAUGUUGUUGGCACUGGUGGAAAGGGAAAUCUUGCUGAGAACUUCUCGAACCCUGACUUCGCUAAUAAUUUGUUGUUGCACAAGUUAAACUUGCCAACGUCUUCCACGGUGGCUGCAAAUAUGCACAAUUUGGGUGAUCAUGCAACAGAACCGUUAUCGGAUGAUGAAAAGAUGUUAGAAGAAUUGGAAUUCUUCGCUACGAAGGCACAUGCAAUCAAUUUAUUUGCUGAUGUCAAGUUCAGUCAGUUAAUUCCUUCUCCACCUUCCGAGGAAGGUGGUGACGAUGACUAUCUUCAGCGUGUGGAUUUACUUCCGCCUAAGAUGGUCAAGACCAUUUGUGAAGAAGGUGUUGUUUUAUACGUGAAGACACUCUCAUUGUUAGCGAAAGGAAUGCGUGUUGCAAGUGAUUGGUGGAUACUUCACCACGAUACUGAUGAACAGACCGGAGAGCAGCGCCUCUCUAAGUCAUUGAAUCUCCAGAUAAGAAUCAAAAUCAAUGAAUUGGUGCAAUGGAUUCGAGAGAAGUUCAAUGAGUGUUUGGAGAAAGGUGAGUAUAUCAAGUUGAGAUUGGAAGAGGCACAGUUAAGUAUCAGCAAAGAGGAAACUGUUAAGGCUUCUUCGUAUGCUGAUGCUCAAGGAACUGUGGUGUCGAAUUCGUCUGACCCUGAUGGUUCCUCCAGGAUAAUCGCUGAGAAAUUGAUUUUUGAUAGAGCUCUUGAGAUUUCUAGAACAGCUGCAGUCAACGAGUUGGUCAAGGAGGACUUGAAGGGUUGUGAACUUGCUUACAGUACUGCGAUCUGGAUGUUGGAGGCACUUCUCGAUGAAGAUGUCACAGAUGCCAAAUCAGAAGCUACCAGAUUGGAUGGUAGUGACAGGGAGACGGUCGAGAAGUUUAUUCUAAGCAUCGGCAACAGGUUAUCUGUUCUUAAACGGAAGCUUGAUUUGCUCUGA